AUGAAGAUGAAAUUGGUUAGAGCUUAUUUAAAGAAAAAAUCUGUAGGAGUAUUUGAAAACAGGACAGAUGAUUCUGGAAUUAUAAUUGAUGGUAAUUAUUUCAAAACAACAUAUAUGAACAGUGGAUGUCAAUUUAUAUUAGGUGGAGAAUAUGAUAGAUAUGCAGCUUAUUUAAGGAAAAUGUUAACAUCAUUCACAGACAUUGGUGUAGAAUUAUAUGUUAUUUUCUCUGGAUCUAUGAAAGCUGAUGUUGAUAAAAGGAAAGAAAUUCAUCAGAAAUUAAUGAAUAAAACUGAUUCUAUACAGCCGGGACGCCAAGAAAAUGAGUAUUGUGAGCCUACUUUUACGAAAGAUGUACAAAGAGAAGUGUUUGAUAAAUUAGGCAUUCGAUAUUUUGUCUGUGAGUGUAAUCACAGUGAAGCUCUAAUAAGUCUAGCUAUUGACUAUAAUUUGCCCAUAUUAACCAAUAAUUUCGAGUAUUGUUUAUUUGGGGUUACAUGCAUUUUACCAAAUUCAAUUGUGUUUGAUGACAAUGGCUUUAGAUGCACUGUGUACAAACCAAACCGACAACUAUUUCCUCUCUCAAUAGAUAUGAUGUCUAUUUUGUUAGCAAUAUCUGAUGAAGAUAGUUCAUACUACCAACACAUCCCUGGAAUACUUAAAUGCCAUGAGAAAUUAAUUUUUCUUUCUGCACAGCAUUGGAUCCGCAAGCAAAAUAAAAAAAGUGCAAUUGAAACACUAACUAAAUAUUUAAAACCUUCAGAUAAGCAAGAACUACUUGAAACCAUUUCCUAUAUGGAGAAACUAUUCAAGCAUAGCAGACACUUUGUUGCCAGUUCAUAUCGCAAUCGUCACGCCGUUCAUCCAACAAGGAUUGAUACCACAAGUAAAGAUUGGUUUGAAACAGCUGUGGCAAGGGGUCUGAUUGCUAUUCCGUACAUAAAUUUAAAAAAUAAUAACAGUUGUUCUGGUUCUUGGCUUAUUGUUGAUAAGAAUAGAGAUGAUGCAAUGUUAGUUGCAUUAGAUCUAAUUUUCUAUGCAUUGGGGCUGUUGACAAAUUCUACAGAUUUGAAAAUUUCUUUUAUUGGUCGUCAAUCUUCUUUAAGUAUCGUUCGGGAUAUAGAAAAGAAAUUACCAACUCGUAAAGCAUUGUAUAUGUUUAGGAGCAGCAGUGAUUUAUGCUCUGCUGAACUUUUCAGGGUUAUUAUUAAUGAGCUAAUGAAUGGAUUUGACUUUGUAACCUUGGACAGUAUUUCUAAAGACUGCCACAUGAUUAUAAUAGCUCUUGUUUACUACAGUCGUAAGAACAAAGAUUUUCAAAACGGUGUUUAUAGUAUACUGUUAUCUUAUUUCAUGUUGGGACCAAUUGGUAACAAAGUAGGUGUGUUAAAGAAAAGCAAUUUCGCGGUGACGCAUAGUACAGGCGAUAAAACUAAGGACCGAUACGUGACGGCUGCGAAUGCUUUUAUCGAUUUGUUUUAUCUAGACGGGUCACGUUUAAAAACUAUAUUUAAUCGCGACAUUUUGCAUAAUAUCGCUGAAUUUGAACAUUGUUUGCAACAUGUUAAUUUCCUGAAUAAAUUAUGCGGUGAAGUAACGAUGUGUACAAUAUAUCACAAAGCUGUAAACACGACGUUCGUUCAUAAUCUGUAUUUUACGUUAACACAAGAGAAGAACCCGUUGGAGUAUUUAAAGACCCGCUUUAAUUGUGAUUCAAUUUAUUUGGAGUAUGAAAAUUUAAUAAGGGUUUUUGAGAAAUGUGCUCAUUCAGUCAAGUAG